CAGGCUUUCCCAGCUGCUUUAUCUUCUCCAUGAAGUAAAAAUCGCAAUUCGUAAAAUUUCUAUCACAAAAAUUAAAAACCCCCAUUUCAAAGUGAAGAAUAAUCAUGAAAGGAGGAUUUUUUGUCUGUAAUAAUUUCAUAAAUAAUCAUAUUUAAUCUCACUAAAUACUCCAAUCUAAUUAAUCCGGCUUAUAAGGAAGGUUAUGUCUCCCCGAAGAUAAUAAAACAGCCCAUAAUUAAUUGUUAAACUAUUUAAAAAGAAAUGGUUCGUUCACAAUUCCUCAAAAACUCAUGGAACAUCGCGUCGUUUUCUUCGAACCUCUUUAAAAAUCAACAAUGGCCUCGACAUUUUUGUUGCUUAACCUCAGGAAUCCUUCAAGAGCAAUCAGAAAGCUCGAACAAUGUUCGGUGGAAGGUUUUAUUCUUCGGAACAGAUGAAUUCGGCCUGGAGAGUCUCAAGCGACUGGACCGAGAGUACAGGUCAAACAGACUGCUGGCUCGCCUGGAGGCUGUGAUCGCUUACAAGGGAGAGGAGAACGCAGUGAUAAAAUAUGCGAAAGACCACGGAAUCAAAGUGCACCAUUGGCCGAUACAAAAUCACCUGGAUGACUUUGACAUUGGACUUGUGGCGUCUUUUGGCCAUCUCAUACCCUCGAGGGUUAUCAAAUCCUUUCCACUGGGGAUGAUCAAUGUUCACGCCAGCUUGCUACCCAGAUGGAGGGGAGCAGCGCCAAUAGUUUAUGCCCUGAUAAAUGGAGAUAGCGUGACUGGAGUCACUAUCAUGAAGAUAGCACCAAAAAAAUUUGAUGUUGGAGAAAUACUAGAGCAGAGAGAACUGAAAAUUCAUGAUCAUGAAACCCAACCAGAGCUGCAUAAAAGACUAGCUAACACUGGUGGAGAUUUAUUAAUAGAAACUUUGGAAAAAUUGCCAGACGUUAUCAACUCUGGAAGACCUCAAUCCAACGAAAAAGUUACGUACGCCCCAAAGAUACAGAAGAGCAUUUCCAUCGUGAAAUGGGCAGAACUGACAGCGAGAGAAGUUUACAAUCUGCAAAGAGCCCUCACUGGAAUAUUUCCUCUGAAGACGACGUUUCAAGGAAAAUCACUCAAGAUUUUUGGAGUAAAAUUACCUUGUAAACUUCCGAGAGAUGUUUAUGAUCUUAAAUCAAACCCUGGAAUGGUCGUGUACGACAAACAAGAUCGUUUACUAAUGGUGCAAUGUAAAAACGAUAGUUGGGUGACGAUUGAAGAGAUUUUGAUGCCUGGAAAGCGAAAAAUGUCUGCAGUGGACUUCAACAAUGGUUUCAUCAAGAACAGAUGGGAUAAAGUGAUAUAUUUUGGGGCAGAGCAAGAUCUGACUGUAAAUAAAUCAACUGUAGGAAUUAAAAAUUGAAGAAAUGGGAGAGA